AUGCUAAGCAUCUUUUAUCAUAUAGGAUAUUUUGGAUCAAAAUAUCCUUGCUUUGUAUUUUUGAUUUGCCUGACUUUAAACGGACUGAUGUCGUUGGGAUUAUAUAAUUUAACAGUCUUAACUGAUCCGCAAUCGUUGUGGGUUUCUUCUAGUAGCAGGACCUAUUAGGAAUAGGAGAGUUCUUCUAAAAAUUAUGGUCCUUUUUAUAGAACAAAUCAAUUCAUUUUAACGUAUAGGAAUGAAAAUUGGGUGAAUGUGUUUUAAAAGGAAGGACUGCAAGUGAUCUAUUUUUUAUAGAAUAUAAUCAGAAACAGGAAGGUAUUGGUUGGAGGUAAAAAUACAACACUUGAUGAUCUGUGUUAUAGACCAAUCUCAGCCAAGGGUUGUUAUGUUCCAAGUCCAAUGGAUAUAUGGCUUUAGGAUCCGAAGUUAUUAGAAAAAGACAAAGAUAUUCAAUUUACAACUCUUUGUACAGAAUCAAUUGAUAUCAAUUAAACCAACAUCCCUUGCAGUGAUUAGAAUGGGAUCCCAAUCAUUUUGGAAUCUGUAUUUGGAGGAAUAUCCUGCGAGAGUCGAUAGAAUGACACUUAACCUUGUGAUCAUUGUUACAUCUAGGCUAGAACCAUGGCAGUUACCUAUCUUCUAAAGAAUGAUGAGUUCACAAAGUAAAACGCUGAGUUGUGGGAGAAAGAUGUAUGGAUGGACACAUUGGAAGCUCUGAACAAAAGGGAUUACAAAAAGCUUUAUGGCUAUUACAAUAAAACAGUGAUGACUGCUCCCAAAGAGGGACUUUUGGAUCAAUACAAGGUGGCAUUUAUGGCAGAACGAUCAGUUUCAGAUGAAAUUAAUGAUGAGACAAAUUAAAAUGCUUGGAUUGUGGUUGUGUCAUACUUGAUGAUGUUCGCCUACAUUGGAUUUGCUAUAGGGUAAUUCCCCAGCAAAAUAUACAAUGGAUUUACUUUGGGAUUGGGAGGAAUAUUUAUAGUUGCUCUCUCUAUGAUAAGCAGCAUAGGACUUGUAUCCUAUUUUAGUAUAGGAUUGACGAUGAUUAGUUUGGAAGUCAUUCCAUUUUUAAUUUUGGCAAUUGGUGUUGAUAACAUGUUUAUUAUAACACAUCAAUUUAAGAAACAAAAACACCCGACGAUUCAAGAAAGAAUGGGUAAUACGUUGGAAUAAGUGGGUCCAAGUAUUACAAUAGCAGCAAUAUGUGAAACAUUGGCAUUUUUGGUUGGAUCUAUGACUAAGAUGCCAGCAUUAUAAUCAUUUUGUAUUUAAGCAGCUGUGGGUGUAUUCAUCGAUUACUUUUUGUAAAUUACAAUGUUUGUUGCCUUUUUAACAUGGGAUGAGGAGAGAAAGAAACAUAAAAGAUAUGAUCUCAUUGUUUGUAAGCAGGAUAUAAAUUAUCAGUUUAGAGAAAAUAGAAAACUAAUUUAAACCUUUUUUAAGAAGACUUAUUCUAGACUAUUGUAAAACCCAAUUUGUAUAAUAAUGACUAUCAUAAUAUUUGUGGCAUUGUUUGUAAUAAGUUGUGUGGGAAUCACAAAGAUACAAGUGGGAUUGGAUGAGUAGGUAUCAAUGGUCGAAGGCUCUAACUUAUUUAAUUAUAUGACUUUAGAGAAGAAGUAUAUUGAGAUAGGACCUUUGGCUUAUUUGAUAUUAGAGAAUUUGGAUUAUUAGGAUCCUCAUGAUUUAGAAUUAGUAGCCAAUCUAUCUAAUUCUUUGUCCAGAUUAAAUGAAACAGUACAACCUCCCAUUUAUAGUUGGGUAGCUUCUUUUAAUUUAUUUACUCGAAAAUCAGCUGAAUGGAUUCAAGCUUGUGAAACAUAGGAUAUUGCAUUGUAUGAUCAACCAACUCAGUUAAAACGAUUUUUGGGAGUGAGAAUAAAUUCUCCCUGUUGUCAAAGAUAUGGUAUUUGUGGAGAAACAUUCGAGGCUGACAUAGUUUUAAAUGAGAAAGGAUAUGUCAAGACAAGUAGGCUGAGAUUUUAGCACCGUCCCAUCCACAAUUCGGCUGGAUACAUCUUGUCUUUGGAAUAGACUAGAUAGGUGAUUGAUAAAGUAGUUUAGCAGGCCAACUUGAAGGAAGGCCAAAAGGUUUACCCUUAUUCUAUGCCAUACGUCUUUUAUGAUUAAUACUCGUAUAUAAGAGCAGUAGCCAUAACCAAUAUAUUAUUGGCUUUGGCUACUAUCUUCUUCGCAAUGACUAUAGUUUAAGAUGUCAUAUGUGCACUAAUAGUGGUGUUAUUUGUAUUUUUGAUAGCCUUCAACUUAAUAGGAACAAUAUGGUUAACAAACAUUAUAUUUGGUGGUUUUGUGAUUGAAAUAAAUGCAGUCAGUGUUGUUAAUUUAGUCACUUGCAUUGGAUUGGCAGUUGAGUUCGUUGCACAUAUAAUUAUCAAAUUUCGAUUAUGUCAAGGUUCAAGAUGGGAAAGAGUGAGAGAGGCAAUGUCAACAAUGGGGACUUCAGUCUUUGUUGGCAUAGCUUGUACUAAAUUCAUCGGUGUGGCAGUGCUUGGUUUUGCACCUUCCACACUAUUUAAAUUGUAUUACUUUAGAAUGUACAUUCUGAUGGUUAUUUUGGGAGCAUUUAAUGGCCUAGUACUUCUUCCAAUCUUUUUAGGAUUGGUGGGACCUUAAUCUCCAAUUAAGAAGAUUAGGAUUAGAUCUCUUAUAAAUAAGUCAGGAAGUUAUUCGAAUACCACCUCGAAUGCAAGUGGUAGAAGUAAAGGUCUAAUAUGA